GAUCACAGACAGCUGGAUGGAUGUCGGCAGCAGAGAGGACAUCUGAUGUGGAGCCCAGAAGAUGGACGCGCUGUAGAAGAAAAAAGUUGGAUUGAUUACACGUUCUGUGUCUUGUUCCACCUUCUGUGGGCCGUAGAAGCGUCGCCUGGAAGUUUGGAAACUGCUUUGAGAAGAGUUCCUGAAGUUCAGUGGAAGACUUUGACACAACGUUGUGGAGAAAAAUGGAGCCAGAGAAGAGGCAGGACAUCCCCGGAGCGUCCGCAAGGAAGGGACUCCCGAACGGAGGGAAUUCAGCAAAAAGCAAAGAGGAUUUUGACCUGGCUGCUGUUUAUGUCUCCGACGCCUUGUACAACAGAAACAUCUACUUUGACUCCUCCCCUCAGGCUGUCAGGCUGUAUCUCCUCUACAAUCACUGGGCCUUAAAGGUGCUGCUCUACUUCUUCAUUAUGGUCAAUCUCUGUCUGGCCAUUUUUGAGGAUCCGGCUGUCUUCGCUCUUCCAACAUGGGCCACCAUGCUGGUGGAGCUGCUGUGUGUGCUUGUUUUCACCUUUCGACUCAUUCACUACGCCAAGGUGAUUCCUCGAGACAAGUUCUGGAAGGACCCCAAAAAUAUCUGCAUCAUGGUCAUUCUGCUGCUCACUCUUGUUGACAUGAUCAUCUACGGAGCUCUGACAGCUGCCAACUGUUCUAUCGUCCGCUGGUCUCGAGUCCUGCGUCCGCUCCUGUUGGUCAACGUCACAGAAGGACGGCAGCUCCGCAGAGCGUUCAGAAGCAUCCGGAAUGCUCUGCCUCAGAUCUUCUACGUCUUCCUGCUCUUCAUGUUCAGCCUCCUCGUCUUCUCCCUCAUGGCCCUCAAGCUGCUGGGCAAACGAAACCUGAGGACAAUAGAGGGACUUCCAUACUUCACCAACUACCUGGAGAUUGUGUUUGACCUGUACGUCCUCGUCACGACGGCCAACAGCCCCGACAUCAUGAUGCCAGCAUACAACUCCAGCACUAUUUUCAUCAUUUUCUUCAUCGUGUACAUCCUCAUCAACACGUACAUCUUCAUGUCCGUCUUCUUGGCGGUUGUUUACAACAACUACAAAAAAUACCUGAAGGAAGAGGUACGGCAGCUGGUGAGGGCCAAACGGCACAAAAUGGCACGGGCAUUUGCUGUUCUGCAGGAGCAGAAGGAAGGAGGCGGCCAGUCCGUGAUGACCCAGGCCACCUGGAACCAGCUGGUGCGACUGGUCCGACCUGACGUCAGUAAUGCCCACAGAGAGCUGCUGUGGAGCGUCUGUGACGACAAAAACCACGGCUUCAUCGGCAGGGUAGCUUUCGUCCAGUUGGCCGACCUCCUGAACAUCGAAGUAAUCACACUCAAGUCAAGACCGCACCCACUUCAAAGUUUGUUUCCCAACAUCUACCAGUCGGCUCCCAGUCGCCUCGUCUGCAGAAUGGUCCAACACCGAGGCUUCGUGAUUGCUUUCGACCUGAUCAUUCUUGUGAAUGCUGUUUUCAUCGGUCUGGAUGAGGAGAACCCCCUGAUCUCUAACUCAGAAUGGGUUUUCCUGACUCUCUACGUUUUUGAGAUCUUCUUGAAACUCUACGUGUAUGAGCCCAGGGCAUUUUUCUCCAGACACAGUUUCUGGAACUGGUUUGACACCAUCAUUGUCAUCUCAGCUCUUAUCGCCACCAUCAUAAACUCUGCCAUGAAGUCAUCGGGAGGGUACACCAGCCGACAGAUCCUGGACAUUGUCUUCAUCCUGCGAAUCCUCAGACUGAUCCGGGUGGUGGACAGUAUCCAGAGGUUUCAAACAAUCAUCAAUACGCUGAUCAGGAUUGGACCAGCCAUUCUCACAUUUGGACAGCUCAUUAUUGUGGUCUUUUACAUCUUCGCCAUGGUGGGGAUGGAGCUCUUUAAGCACAAAGUGAAGUUUUAUGAAGACUCCAAUGAUUCAGCAAAGACAUAUUGUGGAAACCCUCUGCUGAAUAAUACGGCCUUUGCACAACUCGGCUACUGCAAGAACAACUUCAACAACGUGGUGUCCUCCUUCAUCCUGCUGGUGGAGCUCACUGUGGUUAACCAGUGGCACGUGCUCAGCAGUGGCUUUGCCACAGUCACUCAUGUGUCAGCCAGGAUCUUCUUUGUCCUCUUCCACAUCGUGGUUGUAAUUAUCAUCGUCAAUAUUUUUGUGGCGUUCGUCCUCGAGGCGUUCUUUGUGGAGUACUCCAUGGAUAAAAAUGACCUGCAGACAUCUCUGGAGAAGAAGAUUGAGGAACUGGAGCUCGCUGUGGCACAGGAGAAACUCAAGGACAACUUGGUGAAUAACAUGGAAACCAUUGACAACGACCUGGGAACUGGGCAGUCAUCGACACCAGCAAACCUACCAAACCUAAUGUUUAAAAUUGCUUCAAAAAGAUACCGGACAGUGGAUGCUUUGCUGCAGCGGAUGUUCGAAGAAGAUCUCGACCCUGAAGAUUUUGCAGAAACGGACGAACCUGAAGCUCCGACCAGAAGCUCUCCGAGUCCAACAUCUGGCUCUACGUAG